AUGGAGUAUGUCAACGACUUGCUGAAGGGUAGCUUGUCAGCUCAGCGCAUCUUCCAGGAACGUUUGAAAUGGGCGAGCGCAUCACCUGAAAUGAAAGCUGCCCUGGUGCUAGUCGAUUCCAGGUCCUUCAACCUAGCUGAUGACCAGGGCAAUGUCAUUCGCGCCUUAGUCCCCCUAAUAGACCUCUUGAACACUUUCGUACCUUUGACAUCCACCGGUUCCUGGAAUUGCUGGUUUCGUGGAAACCUGCAAGAAGGAGCUUUGCUACAAGCAGAGUGCCCGAUUACUGAAGGUUCAGAGUUGGUCCAUUGCUACAGCGACUUCUCAUCGCCUGAGCUGUGGGCCACCUACGGCUUUCUUCCCCUCGAAGCCAUGGAGAGUUCUCAUGAGGCACCCCUCAUCUCCUUACCCUUGGGGGAAUUGAAGCUGAUUUCCCAGGCCAAGAAGAUCCUGCAGCCACGGCAUUGGUUGGAUGAGCGAACGCUUGCAUUUGAAAUUCCAUGGGAUGCUGAAGAUGGUGGUCCUUUGUUCACUGUGCUGAACUGCAUGGCAAACGGGCAGCAAGACCGCGUCCAGAACAUACUGCGAGAAAGGCUUCAAACAGCUUUGCUCGCCAGCCAACAGGCGGAAGAAGCGUUGCUUGCUCCAACUAGCGGGCCACAUGCUGCGUUCAAGGCUGCCUUGCAGCAAGCAGCACUGCAGCUUUUGCACAAUGAGAGGCCCCUGCUGGAAGAGGAAUUGGAAUUACUAGAAGGAUGA